CAAGUUUUAGUGUUCUUCCAAAAAAAAAAAAGUGUCUUUGUGUUCUUCAAAAACUCAUUUCUUCUUCCAGAUCUAAGAUUCCAUACUUCACCCUUUUUUUGGUUUAAUUUGUUCAUCUUCUAAUUUUUGUUUAUUUUUUUUGGUUUAAUCAUAUGGAGUUUGAGUCAGUGAUCAAAAUGCAUUACCCGUAUCUAGCCGCCGUUAUCUACGAUGAUAGCUCCGCUUUAAAGGAUUUGCAUCCAUCUCUUACCGAUGAUUUUUCUUGUGUACCCAGUGUGCAUCAUAAAUCUAUCCAGAUUAAUCUCGACAUGCCACAUCUUCCACCGAAGCCCAACACACAUGAAAUUCCCUCAAAAGAAACCAUCAGCGGUAUCACUCCUCCUCCCUGCACUGGAGCUUUUGAGACAUAUUUUCAUGGCACAUCCAACGACCAAAGUUUUUCCGGUAUGGCCAAUACCACCUCACAAACUAUUGAAUUCAAUGUUUCAGAUGUCACACAUGACAAUACUAUGUGGAAAAAUGAUCAAAAUCAAGGAUUUAUCUUUCGGACUGAAUCAACCUUUAAUCUAACCAUGGUUGACUCUAAUCAAUUCAAUGUGGUGAAACCAGUCUUGAGCACAAACGAAGACACCAUCAUAGCACGGUGCCAAAAUGAUCAAGUUGUGAUCAAGACCGAGCAACUCAAGAAGAAGAACAAGAGAUUGCAUAUGAGAAGGAUUUGUAAACCUGCAAAAAAAACUAGCAUCGUCAAAGGACAAUGGACUUCUGAAGAAGACAAGUUAUUGGUGAAAUUAGUGGAACGUCAUGGGACAAAAAAAUGGUCUCAAAUUGCGAAGAUGCUUCAAGGACGAGUUGGAAAACAAUGCAGAGAGAGGUGGCAUAACCAUCUUCGUCCCGAUAUCAAGAAAGAUAGCUGGACUGAAGAAGAAGACCAAAUUUUGAUUGAAGCCCACAAGGAGAUUGGGAAUAGAUGGGCUGAGAUUGCUCGAAAACUCCCGGGACGUACUGAAAACACUAUCAAGAACCACUGGAACGCGACUAAACGUCGACAACAUUCGAGGAGGGCUAGAGGAAAAGAUGAAAUUUCCCUUGCACUUGGCAGCAACAUUCUUCAAAACUACAUAAGAUCUAUUACCUACAAAGAUGAAGCCCUCAUGAUCACCAACACAAACAUUGGUCCAAAAAACAUGGAAGGUAAAGGUAAGAAUCUAAUGGUUGCGGUCCCAAAGUAUGAAGAGGAUGAGAGUAAGUAUAUUGUUGAUGGUGUGAUGAACUUGGGUUUAGACGAUGGAAGGAAGAUGCCAUCAUCGACGGCUGUGUCUACAACUUGUGCAUCUGGAUCAGCUUCUACUUCUGGUUAUGCGUCUGGUUCUGGAAGUGGUGUAACUGUUGAGUUUGAUGAGCCAAUGACUGAUAGUUGGAUGGUGAUGCAUGGGUGCGAUGAAGUUAUGAUGAAUGAGAUUGCUCUGCUCGAGAUGAUUAAUCAUGGCCAUCUUUAAACCGUGAUAUAAAACAAGUUUAUUAAACUUGAUUGUAUCUUGUCUAUCUUUUAUAUUUAUGCUUUCUAUGAAAUCAAAUUUGUGCUUUACAAUUAAACAGUUGAACAUGUAAUAUAUAUCAUGGUUUUAUUAAAGUUUUUAUGCUCUAUAGAUAUAUGUACUUCCAAACAUCUU